CGACGUCAUCGCAUCAAAAUAGUCCGUGUUUAGGAAGUGACGCAAAGAUCGAGCUGAAAUCUCGCGCACGCUGGGAAGACGGCCAUUUUUAGUGCCCAUUGAUUUUUGCUGUUUGUGGAUUGCAGUGAAAACAGAAAAAAAGGGGGGAGAGAGGGACAGAAAGAAAAAGCGAAAGUGUCUGCGAUUGCUUCGACAACAAGUUUCUGAGCGGACAGUCCGGCGUCCGCAGGCAGGCGGGGAGAUUUAGGUUACAGAAGGGCGAAUGAUGUUCAUCCGAGCGGCUGCACAGAGUCGCUGUUGACACCAGAGCCGCGGGGUUGAUGUGCGUCUAACAGCCGUCCGAAUGGAAAUGGUGCCCAGCGAGGAAAACCAGCUCGUACCCAAAGAGAUCGAGAACGCCGCCGACGAACCCCGAGUGCUGUGUAUCGUCCAGGACACCACCAACGCCAAGACAGUCAAUGAGAGGCUGACGCUCAACCUCCCGGCUACAACAACCGUGUCAAAGCUUUACGAGGAUGUCGCUCACAAAGCCGGCUACGUGCUUGGCACCUUUGAGCUGGCAUGGGCCAACGUGGUGGACUCGGCUCCUUUGGACCAGGCCAGUGAGAUGUCUCUGGUAGAGUCUGCGUUCGAGCCAGGGAAGAGGAACUUCCUGCAACUCUCAGACAAGGAUGGCGAGCAGCCUCAGAUAGCGUCUGAUGAAUCUGGCGCGGCGGACAGCAGUGGGCUGGACGAUAGUUCUCAAGACCGCUUCAUUGGACCCUUGCCCCGUGAUGGUACAGUAGGCUGUAGCAGUGACUACAGCAGUCCAAGCUACUCCUAUUCCUCCAUACUCAACAAGUCUGAAACAGGAUAUGUGGGUUUGGUCAAUCAGGCCAUGACUUGCUACCUAAACAGUUUGCUUCAGACCCUGUUUAUGACGCCGGAGUUUAGAAAUGCCCUCUACAACUGGGAGUUUGAGGAUUCUGAGGAAGAUCCUGUCAAUAGUAUCCCCUAUCAGCUGCAACGGCUGUUUGUGCUGCUGCAGACCAGCAAGAAACGAGCCAUAGAGACCACAGACGUGACUCGCAGUUUCGGCUGGGACAGCAGUGAAGCCUGGCAACAGCACGACGUCCAGGAACUUUGCCGGGUCAUGUUUGAUGCCUUGGAGCAGAAGUGGAAACAGACGGAGCAGGCUGACCUCAUAAAUCAGCUGUACCAGGGCAAGCUGAAGGACUAUGUACGUUGUCUGGAGUGCGGCAAUGAAAGCUGGAGGAUUGACACAUACCUAGACAUCCCGUUGGUCAUCAGGCCGUUUGGAGCCAGCCAGGCUUUUGGCAGUGUGGAGGAAGCACUGCAGGCCUUCAUCCAGCCUGAAACUUUGGAUGGGCCAAACCAGUACUUUUGUGAGCGCUGCAAGAAGAAAUGCGAUGCACGCAAGGGUCUGCGGUUUUUGCACUUUCCCUACCUGCUGACGUUGCAGCUGAAACGGUUUGAUUUUGACUACACCACUAUGCACCGAAUUAAACUCAACGACCGCAUGACCUUCCCCGAGGAGCUUGACAUGAGCCCCUUUAUUGACCUCGAGGACGAGAAGUCCCCUCAGACAGAAAGCUGCACUGACAGCGGGGCAGAGAACGAGGGCAGUUGCCACAGCGACCAGAUGAGCAACGACUUCUCUACAGACGAUGGUGUAGACGAGGGCAUCUGCUUAGACAGUACCAGUACCACUGAGAGGGUCCUUAAGCCGAAGAGCUCACUGACCUAUGAACUCUUCUCGGUAAUGGUGCAUUCUGGGAGUGCAGCAGGUGGACACUACUACGCCUGCAUCAAGUCCUUCAGCGAUGGCCAGUGGUACAGCUUCAACGACCAGCACGUCAGCAAGAUCACACAGGACGACAUCAGAAAGACUUAUGGUGGUUCCUCAGGGAGCAGGGGCUAUUACUCCAGUGCCUUUGCCAGCUCCACAAACGCAUACAUGCUCAUAUAUAGACUGAAAGAUUCCUCAAGGAAUGCAAAGUACCUCGACGUGGAAGACUUCCCAGAGCACAUACAGCGUCUCGUUCAGAGAGAGCGAGAGUCCGAGGAGCAGGAGAAGAGACAAAGAGAGAUUGAACGCAAUACCUGCAAGAUCAAGCUCUUCUGCAUGCAUCCUGUCAAAAUGAUGAUGAUGAUGGAGAACAAGUUGGAGGUACACAAGGACAAAACACUCCGAGAAGCCACAGAAAUAGCAUACAAGUUAAUGGAUCUUGAGGGUGUAGUUUCUCUGGAUUGCUGUCGCUUAGUGAAGUAUGAUGAAUUUCAUGAAUAUCUGGAGCGCUCAUAUGAGGGGGAGGAAGACAUGCCCAUGGGGCUACUCCUUGGCGGGGUUAAGUCUUCCUACAUGUUCGAUUUGCUACUAGAGACCCGCCGACCCGACCAAGCGUUCCAACCUUAUAAACCCGGAGAGGUGAUGGUGAAGGUCCAUGUGGUGGAUCUGAAGACCGAGACCAUCGCUUCUCCUGUCAGCGUCAGGGCAUACCUUAACCAAACCAUUACAGAGUUCAAGCAACUCAUUGCACAAGCCACCGGGCUGUCCGCAGAAACCAUGCGAGUCGUUCUGGAGCGCUGCUAUAAUGACCUUCGGCUACUCUACGUGCCCAACAAGACACUGAAAGCUGAAGGUUUCUUCAGGAGUAACAAGGUUUUUGUGGAGAGCUCUGACUCUGAGGACAACCAGGCGACGUUUACUGAUUCACUCCUGUGGAAGCUUCUGGACCGUCACGGCAACACAAUCAGACUGUUUGUUUCUCUCCCGGAGCAGUCUCCUGGCUCUGUGGCCCACAGAACUAGUUGCCCCAAAGUGAGCGGUGACUCCGAGGACUCGUUUGAGGGGGCUAAAAGCAGUGGGCAGUGUGUAGAGGCCAUACUGGAGGAGAGCACGGAGAAGUUAAAGAACCUUUCUCUGCAACAGCAGCAGAAGCAGCAGCAGCAAACGCAAACUUCUAGCACCAGCGAGAGUCAGAAAAGUUCAGACCACAGUGAUUUCGAGCACCUCGAUUUCCCACAGCCUGAGAACCAGCUGGCUUCAGAGGAGCGUUCUGACUCGGAUGCCAACAACGACCGCAGCACCAGCUCCGUGGACUCUGAUAUCCUGAGCUCUAGCCACAGCAGCGACACGCUGUGCAAUGCUGACGGCGCCCCCCUGCCUCUGGCUAACGGCUUAGACUCGCACAGCAUCACCAGCAGCCGUCGCUCCAAAGCCCACGAGGGUAAGAAGGAGACGUGGGACACAGCCGAGGAGGACUCUGGCACCGACAGCGAAUACGACGAGAACGGCAAGAGUAAAAUGCAGACUCAUUACCUGUACUUCAGAACAGAGCCAUAUUCAAAGGAGGAUGCUGCAGCAGAUGGACAGAAAUGCUUACUUGUCCAUGUGGAUAAAAGGAUCACACUGGCAGCAUUUAAGCAGAACCUCGAGCCAUUCGUCGGAGUGCCCUCUACACAGUUCAAAGUCUUCCGGGUAUAUGCCAACAACCAGGAGUUUGAGAGCGUGCGACUCAACGAGACUCUUUCUUCUUUUUCAGAUGACAACAAGAUAACCAUUCGGUUAGGACGAGCCCUGAAGAAAGGUGAAUACAGAGUGAAGGUGUACCAGCUGUUGGUAAAUGAAUCUGAGCCAUGCAGGUUCCUGUUGGAUACUGUAUUUGCUAAGGGCAUGACCGUGAGGCAGUCUAAAGAGGAGUUACUGCCUCAGCUCCGAGACCAGUGCAAACUGGACCUUGGCAUAGACAGGUUUCGACUCAGGAAGAAGACGUGGAAAAACCCUGGCACAGUAUUUCUGGAGUAUCACGUUUACGAGGAGGACAUCAAUAUCUCUAGUAACUGGGAAGUCUUCCUCGAAGUUCUUGAUGAACCAGAACGGAUGAAGUCCAUGUCUCAGUUGGCGGUGCUGACGCGGCGCUGGUGUCCGUCUCUGAUGAAGCUAGAAUCCUUCCGGGAGGUGGUGCUGGAGAGCAGCAGUGUGGACGAACUCAAGGAGAAGCUCAGUGAAAUUAGUAAUAUUCCACUGGAGAACUUGGAGUUUGCCAAGGGACGAGGAACAUUUCCUUGCGACAUAUCUGUGUUGGAGAUCCAUCAGGAUUUAGACUGGAAUCCUAAGGUUUCCACACUGAACGUAUGGCCUCUCUACAUCUGUGACGAUGGUGCGGUGGUGUUUUACAGGGACCGCACUGAGGAACUCAUGGAGCUCUCUGAAGAAGAGCGUAAUGAACUGAUGAAAAAGGAGAGCAGCCGGCUGCUGAAGACAGGCCACCGGAUCAGUUAUUCUCCCCGCAAAGAGAAAGCUCUCAAGAUCUACUUAGACGGAGGGCCUUCUAAAGACCCGGGCCAGGAUUGAGAGUGGCCCCUCUACACCUCGAUCAUUAUUAUUAUUUUUUUUUUUAAAUAGCUGGCCUGCCCGCUGCAGUAUAGCGCUGCCUCACCAGGGGCCCUUGGUGGCGUUGAAGCCCACAUCCGAUCUGGUGCGGUACGACCGGCGCCGUCUUCUCCGAGCUCCGCGGGGGGUCUUGUGUUCGAGGCUCAGAUUUUUUUUUUUUACUGUGCACUAUAGUUUCUCAUAAAGUUUAAAGGAAAGUGCAACACCUAUUUCAAAUGAACAGACAUCCAGUAUCAUUCAGACUAAUCAAUCAGGGUGGAAAUGGAUGCACUUGUGGAAUAGAGAGGACUAUUUGAAUAUCUUUCUCUGGCUCCAUCAAUUCUAUCUUUUUUUUUCUUCCCCCCUCCUAUUUCAAUUACAGUUCAUUAAUCACUCGCUCUCUGGCUGAGUGGCGAAUUCAUCCCCCACCUUAUGUGCACAUGUCCAUGAUCCAAGUUUUGCUUGGUUGAGAUACAUGGCAAGCCCUCACAUCUCCUACACGAACAUCUGCGUUUUUGAGGUCCUCCACUAUCUUCAGGUGUAUUCUAAUCAUUCUCAGAAUACUGGGUCCUUUGCUCUUGUUCAAUUAAUAAAUUCAACGCUUCUCUUCUGGAUGAUGCCGUUUUCCCCCAGGAGCUUUUAUCGCACGGGUGUGUUUGUGUAAGACAAAGGCUGAUGCUCUGUGCCACUUUGUUGACUGCUGAAGCUCCACCCAUUGCAGAGGGAACCCCGCCUCUUGAUCUCUUACGACUCCUCCUACUUUUCCCUCUGGAAAACUCACACUGGUACAUUUUUAGUCUGCCUUUAAGACUAGAGAAAUACAAAUAAAGUAGAGCUUUAUAUCUACGUCUUUACCUUCCUCCCGCAACCUCUUUGUAAAUUAACUUCACCCCGGACUUGCUUGACGAAGAUGAUGAUGAUGAUGAUGAUGAUAAUGCUGAUUGUGUAACUGGGAUACAUUUUAAUUGUUUUGCUUUGUAACCCAAUUUACUUUUUGUCCUUUAUUUUUUUUUUUGGUUUUUGCUUUUUUAAAAAUUUCUGCACAACAAGAGCAGAGCAGCCUGUUCUGUGUGUAUGUGUGGGUGUGCACUUUCGGUGUGAUGCUACUUGCAGAUGUUUUUGCGUAGCCAGAGCACAAAAGCUCUGAAGCAGGGCUGCCGGAUGCAACUCGCUAGUCGCUAUGACCAGGGUUCAUAGUUGGGUUAGUGCAGGAAAUCCACCAGACCGUGCUAUGGUUAGGUGGAGUUUGCUGACCCUGCUUUAGAGCCACACAGUGCAGAGCAGUGCAAAGCAUCGCUGAACUAAACCGAACCAUCGUGGGCCCCCUGGGCUCCUAACUCUGCCACAAGCUGUUCACUGUAGACUUGCCAAUAUGGAAAUAAAAAAAAAAAUCAGUUUC